UAUGGUUAUCUGUAGUACUAGAAUCCAGCACAGGAAAAUUCAUCAAACUUGCCUGUAUCUGGAUCGAAUUAAGAACAUCACAUACCUUCAGUAUGAUGAUUAUAUGAUCCGAGCUUUUUGAGCUGAACUUUUAUCCGCAGCUUGAAGAUCACAAAGGCUCCAUAAAAUAGGCGCACUCAUUAUCUCAACUUUAGUACAUACUUCAACGACUUCACUGACUUCUCGCAUUUGACAGAGAAAAAUGUGUAGGAAAAAUAUUGGUAAAUAAUUUGAACUGGCGCAAAACAUCAAAAUAAUAAUAAAACAAAUAAAUAAAAUUAGAUUCAUAUAAAAGAAAAUUUGGAGUCUUUCGAAAUUAUUUUUGAUUUUUAUAAAGAAUGGAUUUUAAAAGAGAUAAUAAGCAGACUAAAGAGUCAGAAGAUGAAACUAAAGAUGAUGACGAGGACGGCGACUCAAAUAGUUCAAGGCAAGCUGAGAAUGUAACAGAAGCCGAACGCAUCAAAGAAGCUGAAAAACAAAACGACACUGAAGACGAAGAGGAUUACGGCUUACAUGUGGUCUCUAGCGUUAAGGAAUUCAAGCCGCCAACGCCCGUAGUGACACUCGAAGGUACACACACGACAGCCACAACCACCGAGUCGUUGGCGAGUGUAGAGAGCACCGAUAGAAUACACAAGCACGUUAAUUUCGAACAGGUCAUGGAAGAGCUGGGUAUGCCGACGCCAUCUACCAGCAAGGUGGUGGAUAAUGUGCGAGAAUACGUGAAACAGAUUGAAAGUCGCUUAGAAGACUAUGGAACUGGUGUUUGUUCAUCUCCACGUUAUGCGGCAACGCCACAGGCCAGCGCCGCACAAAUUAUAGACGUUCCAAGGGAAACGUUGAAGUUGGAGACCAUCAAGGGAGCAUCAGAGUUGAGUUUUACCAGCAAGCUUAGUGACGAGUUUGCGGCAUUCACAGAAGUUGAACGUAUGGCACACGACGAGGUGGAACGUAUUGUGGCCGAAAACAUUUCGCCAGCGACGAAACGUUUAACCGAAAGACCCGACUUUCAACAAGUGGAGCGCGAAAACCAAGAAAUCGCCGAACGCUUUCGACAAAUAAUGGAAAUGUUCGACAGUUUUACCAAAAAUUUGGAGAGUCUCGAAAUGCCUGGGUUACAGACAGGUGAGGAAACUGCUGAAAAUGCGACAUUGCCAUUACGUAGGCGUUUAAGCUUUAAGAGCGUACGCAGCACGGAGCGAGCUAGCGAAGCGGCUGUUAGCGCAGCAUCAGCGGGUAGUGUUUCCAACGAAUUUUAUUUGGAGGUGCACGGUGAAAGCAAAGGCGAUGUUAGCAAAGAAGCACCAGCAGUGCAAAACGAUGCGCACAAAUCCUGCAAUACAACCAGCAACAACGCCUAUCCGCAAAAAUCCGAAGCUGGCUUGGAUCCAAUGUACCGUGAUAUGGCCACCACAAUCAGUGGUUUGGAGCUACUUGAUGAGCGUAAGCCGACCGCUGCAGAUCCAUCGUUUUAUGCAGCACGCAUAUUACCCGUGCAGAGUCUCACCACUAUUGGCUGUCAGACUUCUACCGACUACUUCGCAGUGCAAAUGUCACCGAUGGAAACCAGCUCCUACAGUCGUUUACCUUCUUCCAUAGCAAGAGAUCUCUCACAAACCGACGAUGAUAUUAUCAAUGCGCUCAUAAUUGAUUCCAGAACCGAACCACCGACUAGCUCUGCUGACGCAGUCACCACUACCUACAACGACAUUACCGAGACCAGCGAGAUCAACAUAGCACAGUCAAAGAGUAAGUUUCCUAGCGCAGCCGGUCAGUCAGCGUUGGUGAAGAUACGUGAACCGCCGACUACAGUCGACUUAACACAAGAUCCGAAUGCACCACGUGUCACCUCCAUACUCACCGACAGCGCCGGUCAAGUUGGUAGCACUACCGAUGCGCCAUGUGAACGCACCUACCACACCAUACACAUUGAGGCCAACUCUUCGCCAUCCUCGAGUGUUCUGCGUCGUCCCCCGCUAUGCACGCGUCUCUGGAAUGUCAUCACUGAUUUUUGUGCCGCAGUCUGCCUAUGUCUACAGGUUAAUAAGGAUUGUCUUUUCUGUUUGGGUUUCUUUAUUGCAUUCGUUGUGAGCGCUUCAUUCUUAACGGCUUUUUUCUAUCGUACUUUGAGUAUUAAUCCACACCUAGUACAAGUGCCAGCAGGUUCACAAAGCUUUGCAAGUCAUGCUAAUGCUUUGCAUAUCAUACAAAAUGAUAACACUUUGUAUGGGCUGUGAGAAAGGGAGAAAGAGCCCAAAGCUUACCGUUGGAAAAGUAAAAUAAGAAAAGUAAAGCAUGCUUUAAAGCUUCGGCGUAAACGAAAGCUUAUUUCACUUAAGCUUUCACUUUUCGUAAUCAUGUGUAGCUGCUGUGCUCGUGUAAGCUUUGGUGUGGAUUACAAGUGUCUGUUUUAUAUUCGAGUUUAAUCUGUGUGUGCUUUGUAAAUGUAUGUAUGUAUUGUAUGUAUAAUUUUGGUAUAAGCUUUUGUGUACUUGUAGCCAUGUAUAUGUAUGUAUGUAACUAUUGUAAUCUUCUAUAUAUGCGAAUAUAAAAUCUGUCACAUUGUUGAAGUUAAGUUGGUUUGUUCUAAUUUGAGUUUUUCUUUAAGCUUUAAAGCUUUAAUUCUUAUGCAUUACACAAAUUACAAUUACAAAGCUAGAUUGCGAAUCAAAAGUUGAAGUUAAGUCGGUCAGUAUGUUUCAAAAGCUUUUGAAAGCUUUUAUGGAGUUGAGAUUUUAUGGAACACUUGCUUGAAGAUAGUUCUCACGAAGCUUUUUAUUCCCUUUCUUAUUUUUCACUCACGAGUGUAACUUUCUAAACAGUUCCGUAUUGAAUCCAUUAUUUCGCAAAGAGAAAUAUUAUUUCACAUAAAUACUACAUUGUAGCUUAACUGUAGCAUUCAUUAAUAUAUUCCCUUAUAAGUAUAUUCGAGCUACUACCGUUAGCGGCCUAUAGUAUUGCCAGUGAAGUGCUUUGCAGUUGCUUAUAGUUCCCAACGAGAGACAACCAAUUCAGAGCUGUAACUUUAAGUACCUUUCCAGCACCUAACAAUACAUGUGUGUUGUUGUUUGUGUGCGAAAGUGUUUUUGUCUCCACAACAGCACUUCAGUUGUGCUGCAAAGUGAACGUGCCACAGCUAAAAAUGAAAAGUUCUCUGAAUGGCACGCUUGCUGCCUUUGUGUGUGUUGUGUUUGAGCUCAAGUGCUCGAGUUGCUGAAAAAUCUGAAAUUAUUCGCACUUGCAACUCUGUUGCCAGCCAGUCAGCUUGCUAGCUAGCUUAUUUUCAAAAACUUUUCAUGCACGUAACACUGCUCUUUCACAUUUUUUGGGGAAGCCAAGCAACUCUUUACUUUCAUGCGCAGCUUAAUGAUGCAACAGGAUAUAGCUCUUCAGUAUAAUUGGUUGUGUUCAUUGUCACUCGGCGUAUGCUGUCCAGAGAGAUUGUGUCUGAAGUGCUUUCAAGUAGACAAAAAUGCUUUGUAUGAUUGAAAGGCAAGAACUGAGUUUUGGUUUUGUUUUCUGAAUAAAGAAAAAAUUAUGUGUACCAAUAUAGGCACUUUGUUUUGAUUAAAUGGUGGCGAAGGGUAGAA